AUGACAUCGCCCGGAGAUGCUGCUCCGGUUAAACCACCGCCAUCCUUCUCCCCCGGCGUUGCGCGAGUCCCCUCCAAAUCGCGAUAUCCAGAUGAGUCAGAGUCUGUACACUCUAUAGAUCCCGGGCUGGCUGAUGCUCGUUCGGGCUCCUCGCCAACCCCUCCUUUAUCGGCCACCACCGCAGAGCUUCCCAUCCGGACAUCCUCGCCUCAUGCCCGCUCCGUCAGGUCCUCCACCCCGCAAUUAGCCCGCUCGUCGCUUGGGUCGCCAUUUGAUGGACGGUUUGACGGAUCAGAAGAUAUCAGGUCACUAGUCAUUCGGGCUUUCUCUCCAACCAUUGCCAUUCAUGCAUCAGAGGACACCGACCACCUAGUGAGGAAUAAGGGGUUCAAAGGGGGUUUCUGGGAAUUGGUGCGCCCAUAUGGGGAGACGGUGUCUGGAAAAGUGGUUAUCCGUGAUAGCGUCGGAUCUAGUCGUGCCUGGGAAGACUAUGGAGUCCGAUUUGUGGAUUUGAAAGGGUUUGGCCGGGCACCCGCAGGUCGUGAGUCCGGACGGGAAUCGACUCUGACGCAGAUGGAGGAAUUAUUGGAUCAGGAAUUGGACUCCAGGGAAAGAAUGCUCGGCGCAUCAAUUCCAUCAAAAGAUGCGCUUGGAGUUCCGGUAGCAAGCCCAUUGUGGAAGUUGUUAUUGCGUCAAAUACUUUCAGCGAACCCUGCUGCUCCUCAUGAAACAUUCUGCCAUCCUGUUGCCAGUGUUAUUGCUAUAAGCUCGCGGAAUACGGCGCCUUUGGAGGCUCUUCGUCAAUUAUACGCAGAAAGCAGUACAGGAGCCAAGCGAUUACCGGAUUGGGUCCAUCAAGAGUAUCUUCGAUACUAUGUCUUGGUUCAUGACGAGGAACGCGAUGACAUUACAGAGUCAACAAAAUUGUAUGAUCAGAUGAAGCGCCAUUUCGGUCUUCACUGUCACUUGUUGCGGCUGCGCAGUAGUCAGUGUGUUGUUACAGAUGAUGACAGCGUUCAAGUACCUACUUGUGAAUGGUUGUCUCCACAAGAACAUCUCUCCGGCGCGGGAGAAGCUGCAGAGACACUAGUGGAUCUUGGUACAGAUGGUGUACCCUACUUGUUUGAGUCCGACGCUACUGCUAUCCGAGCCUUUAUCCGAGAACUUGUUGUACAAUCUGUUAUUCCUUUCAUGGAAAACCGAGUCGCUGUCUGGAACGACCAGAUUGCAUCUCGAAGGCGUGGUAUCAGUGGAAGAUUUAUGUCGGUUGGUCGGAGAUUCAUGACUUUUGGCGCUGGCUCACGAGCCAGUGGCACCGGUGCCGCUGGUGGAAGUGGAAACUAUGAUCCAACAAAUCACAAUUACAGCCCAGACAUGCCGGAGGCCAUCUUACGGAAAAUGGCCGACUUUUCCUUCAUGCUUCGUGACUGGAAGCUUUCAGCUUCAACAUACGAAAUGAUCCAGUCCGAUUUCAAAAAUGACAAGGCGUGGGAGUAUCAUGCAGGAGCGCAUGAAAUGUGUGCUGUAAGCAUGCUGCUUAAUCCGCUUGGCAUGUCCACCAAAAUCAAGCUUGAAAACAUUGACCAAAUGUUUGAGAAUGCUUGCUACUCAUAUCUUACGCGAUGCUCAGAUGUUCCCCACGCACUGCGCAGUCUUACUCUGGCCGUUGAGCUUCUCAAAUCUCGCGGUGGAUCAGCUACUGAAAGCGCAGCCAGGUGGGCAAUGCGUGUCAUGGAUUAUGGCUUGGUCGGUCCAAUAGGUCAAAUCCUAUUCACAGAGAGGGUGUCAGCCUGCUAUGCAUCCAAGAUCCCCGUGGGCGGAGCUAAAUGGGGUGGGCGCCGCCGGAAGGCUGGUAUGUGGAGCAUCUUUGCCGCAGAUCAAUGGCUCAAGGCCGGCAAAGCCACAUUAGCUUCGGCAUGCCUUGAGGAGGCGGAGCGUCUCUAUGCUGAUGUGCUGGAGGCUGAUGGCGUUUUCCCAAUGCCUGAAAUGCAAGGCUUUGUAGAGAACUUGAGACGUGCUGUGAAAGUUAAGUAUCUUGGGGCGAGAGGGUUUGAUACUUUCGAUGAGCCUGCUUCAGAGGAUCCAGAUACUGAGGAAACCAGCGAGAGACUCGAGAAGAUUGACAAGCGAAAUCAUCGCCGUUCGUUGAUCGGUCUUCCUGUACAACUCGAUGCCGGCACUCUUAACAUGACCUCGGGCACAAGAGACCCUGAGAACCCACCAAAUGAUGACUUUGAACGAGCUUGA